AUGCCGCACCGCGACGUCUCCCCGGCCUUGUCCGAAAACGAAUUCGAUAUCUCGAAAGCCCUACUUGCCGGCGCCAACGACAGCGAAGACGAACAGGUCGCACCGAAAAAAGGUCGCAAGAAUGCGCCUUUUGAUAUCGGCGCAGAGUUGAACAUUGGAGCGGAGGACGGCGGCGACAGCGAUGACGAUGCCUUCAUCGCUGGUCAGCUGGCGGCGGCGAACCGCAAGUCGUCUAACCUGAAGGGGAGGACCGUGAAGAAAGGCGGUGGUUUCCAAGCCAUGGGUCUGAACGCGAACCUGCUCAAAGCAAUCACCCGGAAAGGCUUCUCUGUGCCGACUCCUAUCCAAAGGAAAACGAUUCCCCUUUUGCUGGACGGGCAAGAUGUUGUGGGCAUGGCUCGAACUGGUUCUGGAAAGACUGCCGCCUUCGUCAUCCCCAUGAUCGAGAAGUUGAAAGCGCACAGCGCAAAGGUUGGCGCAAGAGCCGUCAUCAUGUCACCAUCGCGUGAGCUGGCACUUCAGACUCUGAAGGUUGUCAAAGAGCUUGGCCGUGGUACAGACCUGAGGACUGUGCUUCUUGUGGGUGGUGAUAGCCUGGAGGAACAGUUUUCCGAUAUGAACACGAACCCGGACAUCAUCAUUGCAACCCCUGGCCGUUUUCUGCACCUCAAGGUUGAAAUGGAACUUGACCUAUCUACAAUCCGCUAUGUGGUAUUCGACGAAGCCGAUCGGCUGUUCGAAAUGGGUUUCGCUGCCCAAUUGGCCGAGAUCCUUUACGCUCUUCCUCCCAACCGACAAACACUCCUCUUCUCCGCUACCCUUCCAAAGUCACUCGUUGAGUUCGCUAGAGCUGGUCUUCAAGAACCAAAGCUCGUCCGCCUUGAUGCUGAAAGCAAGGUGUCGCCAGACCUCGAAAGCGCUUUCUUCACAGUGAAGAGUGCCGACAAGGAGGGUGCUUUGUUGCACAUCUUGCAAGAUAUCAUCAAGAUGCCCACGGGAGAGACCGAGGCUGCUACCAAGGCCAAGAACAAGAAGGCUGAUUCCAAAAACAAAAAGCGCAAGAGAGAUUCCGAUGCGCCCAGUGCGACUGACUCACCCACCGAGCAUUCUACCAUUAUUUUUGCAGCUACCAAACACCACGUGGAGUAUUUGGCAGGGCUGCUCCGCUCUGCUGGAUAUGCUGUUUCCUACGCCUACGGUUCGCUGGAUCAAACCGCUCCUCAGCCCAAGAUCUUCAUUCACCGUGUCGGUAGAACAGCAAGAGCAGGAAGGAAGGGUUGGAGCUACAGUCUGGUGAGGGAUUCGGACGUUCCGUAUCUCCUGGACCUACAGCUCUUCCUUAGCCGGAAGCUGAUCCUGGGAAGAACUGACGAAGACGUCAGCUUCGCCAAUGACGUGGUUGUGGGCGGAUUUGUGCGGGACAAGCUGGCUCGCGCAUGCGAAUGGGUCAGCAAACUGCUUGACGACGAUGAGGACUUGAGCAAUCUGCGCACUGUAGCCGCCAAAGGUGAAAAGCUUUACAUGAGGACGCGCAACUCAGCAUCAUCGGAAAGCGCCAAGCGUGCCAAGGAUGUCUUAGCUUCUGAGGCGGUGUCUGAGCUGAACAUGCUGUUCAAUGAUGACAUCGACAAGGCUGAAGUGGAAAGGGAGAAAAUGCUGGCGCGCAUUAGUGGGUUCCGCCCGCAGGAAACCAUCUUCGAGAUUGGUAAACGCGGUACGGGUGACGAGGCGGCUGAUAUGAUGCGCAAGAGGAGGGAAAAGGUCGAUCCACGACGUCGCCAACAGGGAGAGGGCAAGAAGGCCUGGAACGACAGGAGCAUUGCAGGCCUGACCAACACCACCGACGCGGCACGGGAUACCGAAGAGGACGGGGACUUUGACGAUAUGGACGUCGAUGUCAAUAUGGACUCGGCAUCGGAGGACGAGCUGGAGAUCACCUUCCCGGAUUCGCAGGCCAAUAAGAAAGACUCGAAGGAGGCUUGGCAGGAUCCAGAACAUUUCAUGACCUACACGCCAAAAACGCUGAACUUAGCGGAGAACCGCGGCUAUGGCGUCCAUUCCGGAUCGUACGACAAUCAGGGACGGAGUGGCAACUUCGUUGAAGAGGCACGAAGUGCAGCAAUGGACCUUAAUCAGGAUGAGUCGAAGGGCUUUGCUGAAGCAUCCAAACCGCGCGGGAUGAGGUGGGACAAGAAGAGCAAGAAAUACGUCGCACGCGCAAAUGACGAGGACGGAUCUAAGGGGGUCAAAUAUAUUCGUGGCGAAAGCGGGCAGAAGAUCGCUGCGAGCUUCCGAUCUGGACGGUUCGAAUCUUGGAAGAAAACGAACAAGAUCGGCCGUCUGCCUCGUGCUGGUGAGACCGAGGCAGCCUCCAGCGGCGCUCACGGUGCCAACAAGAGGUUCAAGCACAAGAUGGUGAAGGCGCCUAAGGAGGCCGACAAAUACAGAGACGACUAUCAUGUCAGGAAGAAGCGGGUGGAUGCGGCUAAGGAGAAGCGCAUUGGCAGGUUUGCAGACGGCGGGGCGAAGAGCGAGCUCAAGGGGGUCGACGAUGUCCGCAAGAGCAGAGCGCUUCAGGAAAAGCGCCGCGCAAAGAAUGCAAGGCCUUCAAAGAAAGGGAAGUUCUAA